CCAACGCUGUCUCUGGGCAGCUCCGGCAGCGCCAGAGGGCAAAGCACAGCUGGAAGCUCAGAGCUGUGGUCCCAGGUCCUGGGCCAGGGCCCCCAUCCAGCGUCAAUGAAAGCAGAAGCCACAGUUAUUCCCAGCCAUUGUGCUAGGGGGCUCCCGUCAUGGCAAGUCCUCAGCCCAGUCCAGCCCUGGCAGACAAGUGCACCCCAGAAGACAACCCAGCCCAAGCUCCUGGCUCCAUGCCAGCACGAGAAAUCCCAGAAGAGGAGCAGCCUUCUCAAGGAACUGGGGGCCUUCCACAUCACCAUCGGUCUGCUGCAUCUGGUCUUUGGGGGCUACCUGGCCUCUACAGUCAAGAGCCUCCACCUGGUGGUGCUGAAGUCUUGGUAUCCAUUCUGGGGGGCUGCCUCUUUUCUCAUUUCAGGGAUCUUGGUGAUAACAAUGAAGACCUUUUCUAAAACUUACCUGAAGAUGUUGUGCCUGAUGACAAACCUCGUCAGCCUCUUUUGCGUGCUGUCUGGCCUCUUCGUCAUCUCCAAGGAUCUCUUUCUGGACAGCCCAUUUGAGUCCCCGAUCUGGAGAAUGUAUCCCAACUCCACGGUCCACAUCCAGAGGCUGGAGCUGGCCUUGCUCUGCUUCACUGUCCUAGAGCUGUUCCUGCCAGUGCCCACAGCUGUCACAGCCUGGAGAGGGGACUGCCCAUCUGCAAAGAAUGAUGACGCAUGCCUUGUUCCAAACACACCAUUGCAUCUCAAAGGCCUGCCGAUGGAGCCCCCACCAUCCUACCAGAGUGUGAUUCAAGAGGACGCACAACACAAGCAACAUCAGAGGCUCAGAGAAGUUAAGCAAGUUGCCCCAGACGCAUGGAUCAUCACUGACGGAGCUGGGAUCUGGACCCAGACUGCAAACUGAAGAGCCACUGCCUGACAAUGCCCAAACUUGGUUGGAGCAUAGCCCCUGCUCUCCCAAAGUUGCACUUUCACUGGGAAGAUGAGAUUUGCACAUACAAAAGGCUAGUGCGAUGGUCUAUACAGCAAAGUCAGCCCUUAUAGUUCCUGGGAACCCUGUCCUCUCGGAUAAGCCAUUUCUUACACAGUUGACGGCUCGAUACAUGUGGUAACCCAGAUUGUUUUGUUUUCUUUCGCUUUGUUUUGUUUUGUGAGAUGGAGUCUUGCUCUGUUGCCCAGGCUAGAGUGCAGUGGCACUAUCUCAGCUCACCGCAACCUUCGCCUCCCUGGUUCAAGUGAUUCUCCUAUCUCAGCCUCCCAAGUAGCUGGGACUACAGGCACACGCCACCACGCCCAGCUAUUUUUUAUAUUUUUAGUAGAGACAGGAUUGCACCAUAUUGGUCAGGCUGGUCUCAAACUCCUGACCUCAGGUGAUCCACCUGCCUCGGCCUCCCAAAGUGCUGGGAUUACAGGCGUGAGCCACUGUGCCCAGCCCAGGUUUUGAAGUUGUCCGAGAUAGCAGUCUGCUCUCUACUGUCUUAUAAAAUCCCUGUGUGAAGGGAUGCUCUCAGUAUCAUUUGCCCUUGCACAGAAUAUCCCUGGGGUUUGAGGUUCUUUGAAUUCUCCUUCUUUGUCAUCUCUUUCACUGCCACUUCUGGCUGUGGUCACUAGCUUGGCCGUAGCACCUCUCUUCUCCACUUCCGAUCUGCUGCUUCUAACCUUCUAUAGAUUGCAGCUGGCUUUAAAAUAGAUUGUAAAGUGUAAGGCAUUAGGUUCUGAGAGAGCGGCAGAGAGAGCCAUGCAAAUGUUUAGGACAAACCCAGUCUUUCUUUUUUUUUUUUUGAGAUGGAGUCUCGCUCUGUCACCCAGGCUGGAGUGCAGUGGUGCGAUCUCGGCUCACUGCAACCUCCGCCUCCCGAGUUCAAGCAAUUCUCCUGCCUCAGCCUCCCGAGUAGCUGGGAUUGCAGGCGACCGCCACCACGCCCGGCUAAUUUUUUGUAUUUUUAGUAGAGACGGGGUUUCACCAUGUUAGCCAGGAUGGUCUCGAACUUCUGACCUCAUAAUCAGCCCGCCUCAGCCUCCCAAAGUGCUGGGAUUACAGGCGUGAGCCACCGCCUCUGGCUGAAACCCAAUCUUUCAAAAGAUGAAAGGGGGUAAUGGAGAAAACCUUAGCUUGUUUGUCUAAAGACCUGGGUGCAAACUCUAGAUCUGCCAAUCACUUACUGUGUGGGUUUGACUCAGUUCCUUCCCCUCACUAGGUCCCAGUUUCUCCAUUUGUAAAACAAGCAAUUGUGCUACACUGAUGGUUUACAUCAAUAAAGGUCGAAACGGC